UUUUCAGAUCAAAAAAUGAAUGCAGAACGUUGCGAGUUCAUCGCCGGAAACUCGCUUAUUGAAGUGAUCCCCUCAAUUUCCGAUGACCGGCCGAUUCACCUGAUUUCCGGCGAUAUUGGUCCAUUUGAGGCAGGCGUACCCUGUCGGAUUCCAGUUUGGACAGCGAUUUUGAUGAAACGAAAACACAAUUGCAAGGUGGUGGCUCCUCAAUGGAUGGAUGUAGAUGAGCUGAAGAAGAUAUUGACGUCAGAGACUGAAAGCCAAGGAUUGGCGAAAUUACCGGAUCAUUUCUUUGAAAUCUCGCAUAUGCUUGUUCGAGAUGCCCGUGAGGAUAUAUUCGAAGUUGAAGCUGUCAAAUCAUUGGUUCAGGACAUUUAUGAUCGGAGGGACGCAAAACUUCGAAGCUCAGCGAUCGAAUUCUUGAGACAGAACCAAACCUGCCACGCUCAAUUGGACAACGUUCAGCUGAUUGAAGCAUCGUCCGCUCGUGCCACUUUGGAGGCCUGUCGUCAGAUGGGAGCUGUCGUCCGUAAUAAACACGAAUCAACACCUUUAUAGUGUUUUAUUCCUAUAUAUACACUUAUUUUUCACAAUUAAAACAAUUACAAUUUC